AUCGGAGGUAAGGGCGGAACUCAGGGAACUUCAUCUGCUCCAGUGAUAGAGUGGCAGGGUCUACAGUGGGUCCAUCUUUGGUUGUAUGGAGUCUUUGGAGGUCUCAUCAGGGGAUCGGCAGCUGCUAGAAGAAGACCAUGUUGUAUUAGACGACCCGGAGCAGGAGGACCCGGAGCAGGAGGACCUGGAGCAGGAUGACCCGGAGCAGGAUGACCUGGAGCAGGAUGACCUGGAGCAGGAUGACCCGGAGCAGGAUGACCUGGAGCAGAACCCGUUUGAUGGGCUCCCGUACUCCUCCCGCUAUUAUCAGCUGCUCGCUGGCCGGCGGUCGCUGCCCAUAUGGGGGGUGAAGUACCAGUUCCUCGAGAGUCUGCAGAGCGGGAACAUCGUCCUGGUGUGUGCCGAGCCGGGCACGGGCAAGAGUACCCAGGUCCCUCAGUGGUGCGCCGAGUACACACUCUCCCAGCAGUACCAUGAGGGCGCAGUCAUCUGCUCGCAGCCCCACCCCACCGCUGCCUUCAGCCUGGCCCUCAGGGUGGCAGAUGAGAUGGACCUGAACGUGGGCCACGAGGUUGGGUUCUCCAUUCCACAUGAGGACUGCUCCUCGGCCAACACCAUCCUGAGGUUCUGCUGGGACUCCCUCCUGCUCCAGGAGCUGACCUCUGACCCCCUGAUGCAGACCGCGGGGGUGGUCAUCCUGGAUGAAGUGGAUGAGCGUACAGUGGCCUCUGACCUCCUCCUGGGCCACCUGAAGGACCUAAUACUUCAGAGACCGGCCCUUCGCCUGGUGGUGAUGACCUCACCGGGGUUUCAGAAGCGCAUGGUGGACUACCUGGGAGAAGACGUCUCCGUGGUGAAUGUUCCGGUGCGAGAACACCUGCCGAGUGUUGUGUACCGCCCAUCGGUGUCACAUGACCAGGUGAUGGCAGCGUGUCACAUGGUUCUGGACGUUCACCGCAGGAAUGAGCCGGGGGAUGUGUUGGUUUUCUUGGCCAGUGAGGAGGAAGUUCUCCGGUGCAGCACUGCUCUUCUCACAGAGUCCGUGUCUCUGAGCCCCAGUCUGGGGUCUCUGUUGCCCCUGCCCCUGACGGCCAGUGCUGGAAACGGGGUGCAGGCGGUGUACGAGGCUGAACCCGGUGAGGAGAGGCGAGUGGUCCUCUCAUCUUCACUGGCUGAACUGUCCUUCUCACUCCCGGGGAUCCGGUAUGUCAUCGAUACGGGGCACGAGCUGCAGUCUGUUUACAAUCCUCGGAUCAGAGCCGAUUCUCAGGUUCUCCACGUGAUCAGUAAAAUCCGAGCAGAGAUCCGUAGGAUGAAAGCCCAGGUACCAGACGGGGUUUGUUAUCGUCUGUACUCUGAGAACAUCUUUGAGUCUCAGAUGCCGGAGUUUUCCCCUCCUCGAAUUCUGCAGGAGAACCUGAGCCGUAUGGUGCUGCUGCUCAAGAGGCUGGACAUUGCCGACCUGGGGCAGUGCGACUUCCUGGACCGACCUGCUCCGGAGACUCUCAUGCAGGCCCUGGAGGAUCUGGACUACCUUGCGGCACUGGAUGAUGAUGGGAACCUGUCAGAGGUCGGCAUAGUCAUGUCAGAAUUCCCACUUGAUCCUCAGAUCUCCAAGUCCCUUCUGGCAGCCUGCGAGUUCCAGUGUGUCAGCGAGAUGCUCACCUUGGCCUCAAUGCUCACCGUCGCCCCCUGCUGUUUCCUACCCCCUCCGCACACGGCAUCCGUCUUGAGUACUCGCCGUGAUCUUCAGCUCCGUGAAGGUGAUCACAUGACCCUUAUCAACAUCUACAACCACUACAAAGAGCAUGGAGAGGGUUGGUGCUCUGAUGCCGCCCUGUGCCCCCACUCCCUCCAGCGGGCCGACAUGCUGAGGGCUGAACUUCUGGACAUCAUGCAGAGGAUUGAGCUGCCGGUGUCGGCCCCCACAUUCCCCGAUGAGGACUGCAUCCUGAACCUCACCAGGGCCCUGCUGUCUGGAGGAUUCCUGAAGGUGGCCCGUGACGUGGACGGACUAGGAAAUUACGUGAUGUUGACCCACAAGCACGUGGCCAACCUUCAUCCGACCUCCGUGUACUAUGGACGAACCCCCCUCCCCACCUGGGUCCUGUACCACGAUUUCACCAUCUCCAAGGACAACUGUAUCAGCGUGGCCACCGAAAUACACCCAGAGUUGUUGGUGGAGUUUGCCCCACAAUAUUACUUGAGUAAUCUCCCUGUUAGCGAGAGCCGGGAUCUACUCAUGGAGGUGCGGGAUAGACUUCAAGAACAAGAUCCCUUUACUGUGCAGUGUGAGGAGGAGGAGGAGGACUCCCCAAAGGAGGAAGAGGAGAAGGACUCGUGCUGUCUCCAGUGAGGAGGACGUCUUGUUUACUGACGGGCACUUUACUGAGCCGAGGAGCGUUGCUGUCUCCUGACACUACAGGCCUUCCCGGAGUACGGACCAGGGCUGACAUUAUCCUGCCAAGACCGGAUGUGGGAACCUACCAUGGUGACCGCUCCAUCUAGUAUGCUUUGUAGUAAUAGUAUGUAAAGUAGCUGUACAUAAACUUCUCUAUGGCUGAUGCUGUAAUUGACCAAUCAGGACAAGACAAUAAGACGAUAGGACAGAUAAUUUGUGACUGAUAUACGCUCCUGCGCCUCCAUACUCCGCCAUAUGUUUGUAACUGUAUGAUUUGGCGCUCCCGGCAGGACGAUAUGGUCUGUGUAUGAUUUGGCGCUCUCGGCAGGAUGAUAUGGUCUGUGUAUGAUUUGGCGCUCUCGGCAGGAUGAUAUGGUCUGUGUAUGAUUUGGCGCUCCCGGCAGGACGAUAUGGUCUGUGUAUGAUUUGGCGCUCUCGGCAGGAUGAUAUGGUCUGUGUAUGAUUUGGCGCUCUCGGCAGGACCAUAUGGUCUGUGUAUGAUUUGGCGCUCUCAGCAGGAUGAUAUGGUCUGUGUAUGAUUUGGCGCUCUCGGCAGGAGGAUAUCUUCUGUGUAUGAUUUGGCGCUCUCGGCAGGAUGAUGUGGUCUGUGUAUGAUUUGGCGCUCUCGGCAGGAUGAUAUGGUCUGUGUAUGAUUUGGCGCUC